AUGGAUACACAAGAUGAUUCAUCAAAUGAUGAACAAAAAAAGACGAAACCAAAAGAGCCUGAAAGAAAAAAGAAAGUGCAGCCAAAGCGAAAACGUCGAUCAAAACAUUCAGCAAACAAUGAACGAAAGUCUCACGAAAAAAAACAUACUGGUUUAAACGGAUCAUACUGGCAAACCCUUGAUUAUGAUCGUCAUGAUGUGAAUACUUCAUUGUCACCAGUGCAAUCUGAAGUUGAUGAUAGCAGCAGUUCGCAAAUGGAUCUUACAAAUGAUCCCUCACAUAAUUCAACAACUGUUGAACCAAAAAAAGUGAAAUCAGCUAUUUAUCGUGCAAAAACUUACAUUACUUGUCGUAGUCCAGAAGGUCAUGAUAAUCAGACAUAA